AUGCCAUGGUUUGGAGAAGCUUCACCAGAGGCUAAGGCAGCGAAGCAUCUUCAUGACUUUUUUACUUACGUUGCAGUGAGGAUAGUGUCUGCUCAGCUAGAGAGUUAUAACCCUGAAGCGUAUAUGGAGCUAAGAGAGUUUUUAGAUACAAACUCUGUAAGUGACGGCGAUAAAUUUUGCGCUGCCCUCAUGCGUCGCUCUUCACGUCACAUGAACUUAGACGGAAUCUCUUUGCCGCCUUUUCCAAACAUUCUUUUCGUGCAGUGA